AUAGCCAGGGCAGUAUUCAGCGAGGUGGAGAUUUAGGCAGAGACGAGGAGAUCGGUGUGGGGCAAGCAAGCAAAGUGCGGAAGCUGUACGGGGAUUCUUCUAGAAAGUGGGGUGGGAAAGGAGCUAGGGAGGGCGUGUGGAGGGAAGGGAUCUGUGUCAGAACGUGCGUGUGAGCGGAUACAAAACCCGAGAGAGGCGUGAGCAGCGCUGUGUGUGUGAGCGGGAGCGCGGGGCGCCGGCUCGGGCUGCGAGCGCCGGAACAGUCCAGGACCCAGGUUGCUUUCAGGAACAUCUCUGUGGAUACCCAGGGUUUAUUCCACUAGCAGCAAAAUGGCUGAACUCAAUACCCAUGUGAACAUCAAGGAAAAGAUCUAUGCAGUUAGAUCAGUUGUCCCUAAUAAAAGCAAUAAUGAAAUAGUCCUGGUGCUACAACAGUUUGAUUUUAAUGUGGAUAAAGCCGUGCAAGCCUUCGUGGAUGGCAGUGCAGUUCAAGUUCUAAAAGAAUGGAAUAUGACAGGAAAAAAGAAGAACAAUAAGAGAAAAAGAAGCAAGUCCAAGCAGCAUCAAGGUAACAAAGAUGCUAAAGACAAGGCGGAGAGGCCUGAGACAGGGCCCUUGCCACCACCACCAGCACAGAUACAAAACGGCCAUGUGAAUGGCUGUGACAAGGACAGCUCGUCCACCGACUCUGCCAAUGAGAAGCCAGCCCUCACCCCUCGUGAGAAGAAGAUCUCCAUUCUUGAGGAACCUUCAAAGGCACUUCGCGGGGUGACAGAAGGCAACAGACUACUGCAACAGAAACUAUCCUUAGAUGGGAAUUGCAAAACUGUACAUGGAACUACAGAGGGGUCAGAUGGCCUACAGUGGUCAGCUGAGCAGCUUUGUAACCCAAGCAAGCCUAAGGCAAAAACAUCUCCUGUUAAGUCCAAUGUCCCUGCAGCUCAUCUUGAAAUAAAGCCAGAUGAGCUGGCAAAGAAAAGAGGCCCAAAUAUUGAGAAAUCAGUGAAGGAUCUGCAACGCUGCACCGUUUCCCUAACCAGAUAUCGUGUCAUGAUCAAGGAAGAAGUGGAUAGUUCUGUGAAGAAGAUCAAAGCUGCCUUUGCUGAAUUACAUAACUGCAUCAUUGACAAAGAAGUUUCAUUAAUGGCAGAAAUGGAUAAAGUUAAAGAAGAAGCCAUGGAAAUCCUGACUGCUCGUCAGAAGAAAGCAGAAGAGCUGAAGAGACUUACUGAUCUAGCCAGUCAGAUGGCAGAGAUGCAGCUGGCUGAACUCAGGGCAGAAAUCAAGCACUUUGUCAGCGAGCGUAAAUAUGAUGAAGAGCUUGGGAAAGCUGCCCGAUUCUCCUGUGACAUCGAACAGCUGAAGGCCCAAAUCAUGCUCUGCGGAGAAAUUACACACCCAAAGAACAACUAUUCCUCAAGAACACCGUGCAGCUCUCUGCUGCCUCUGCUGAAUGCUCACACGGCAACCUCUGGGAAACAGAGUAACUUCACCCGAAAACCAUCCAAUCACAACAAGCUCCCCGAGAGUAAAGCAGCAAACCCAAAAAUGAUGAGCAGUCCUCCAAGCACGGCAGACCCUACUCACCAGGCCAUGCCGGUGAACAAGCAGAAUGGGUCUUCUAACCAAAGACGAAGAUUUAAUCCACAAUAUCAUAACAACCGGAUAAACGGGCCUGCCAAGUCACAGGGCACCAGUAAUGAAGCUGACCCCAUGGUGAAAGGCAACAACCGACACGAACACAGAAGACAGCCGCACAAUGGCUUCCGUCCCAAAAACAAAGGAGGUGCCAAAAAUCAGGAGGCCCCCUUGGGGACAAAGACCCCUGAGGUCCCGACCCAUCCUGAAAAGCCCCGGCGAAGGCAGCACACUGCAGACAACCCGGAUGCCAGGCCUUUCCGGGGUAACGUCGGUAGGGUAUCACAGUGCAAUCUCUGCCCCACAAGAAUAGAGGUCUCCACAGAUGCCACGGUUCUCUCAGUCCCAGCCGUGACGUUGGUGGCCUGAGCUAGGAGAAGAGAGCAGUCUUCGCUCAGUUUUGGUUCCCUGCCCGAGGUGCUGACCCAACUCGCUGCCAAAAGAGAGUCAAUCAGAAUAUACAAACCCUGUGUGGUUGUGUCAUCCUCUCUGAAUCAUUUUUACUAAUUCUAAUAAUCAGCUCUAGCUUGCUUCAUAACUUCCAUGGCUUUGCUUGAUCUGUUGAUGCUUUUUCUCAUCAAGACUUUGCAGCAUUUUAGCCAGGCAGUAUUUACUCAUUUGUUAGGAAAAUCAAGAUGUGGCUGAAGAUCAGAGGUUCAGUUAGCAACCUAUGUUGUAGCGGUGAUGUCAAUCCAUUGAUUGUCUUUAGAGAGUUAAUGUUGAAAACAGUUCUUACCGAUCAGACAAACAUGAUCUGCUAAAGACACAUGCGCUUUUGUAGGAUUUAACAUCUGGUGUUUUUCUGAAAAUAUAUAUAUAUACAUAUAUUGCUUUAUUUGAAACAAAUUAAAAUAUGCUGCAUUUGA